UCCGGCCCGCUGCGCAUCCAUUACCCACUUGGGCCCUUGGGGCCUGUCUGGGCAGGCGGUGACCGCUAAUGCUAUGGAGGCUCCUCGGUCACCCCCGCCUGGCUUCAGGUCACCUUGACCUGGGUUAAAAACACAGACGGAGGGUGCCCCGGUUCCUUUGCAGGGAGAAGUUCUUGAGGUUUAGCGGGCACGGCUGAUAGGCUGGGGGCCAGGGCUACAAUGACGAUUGUGACACAGUCCCCUCCCCAAAGCGUGCACAUAUCUGCGGGGGGCCAAGUACAGAAGAACGUGGUAGCACCAGGACAGAUAAGGUCCGGAGCUAAGGAAGCUGAAAGGGAUUUUGGAUAUUUGCAUUUUCCAUCAACAUGUCAAGUGGCAUGAUAAAACCAGGACAUUCCGUUAAAAUUCACCAGAAAGUUGAUCCACAACGGGCCACUGCUAGAACCUUUUUCAUUGAUGCUUCUAAUCAGAGCUUGACUACCAUUCCGCCAGAGAUCUUCGACUUCGAAGAAUUAGAAGAAGUGCAUCUGGAAAACAACCAGAUUGAAGAAAUCCCCCGGGGUAUUCAGCAUUUAAAGAACGUCCGGAUCCUCUACCUGAACAAGAACAAGCUGAGAAAGCUGUGCCCAGAGCUGGGCACGCUGAGCAGCCUGGAGGGCCUGGACCUGAGCGACAACCCGCUCCUGUCCUCGUCCCUUCCUGUCCUCAGAGGCCUGCGGGGGCUGCGGGAGCUCCGCUUGUACCACACUGACCUGGCCGAGAUCCCCGUGGACCUCUGCAAACUCCUCCACCACCUCGAGUUGCUUGGGCUGGACGGAAACCACCUGAAAUCUCUGCCCAAGGAAGUAGUGAACCAUACCAAACUGAGGGAGAUCUACCUGAAGCAAAACCAGUUUGAAGUCUUUCCUCCCGAGCUCUGUGCUCUCUCCAACCUGGAGAUCGUUGACCUGGAUGACAACAAACUAACUGCCAUCCCACCGGAGAUUGGGAACCUGACCAGGCUGCAGAAGUUCUACGUGGCUCGCAACAACCUGCUCCUCCUACCCGAGUCGCUGUGCCAGUGCAGCAAACUGUCCGUGCUGGAUCUGUCCCACAACCGCCUCCACUCGCUCCCGCACUCCCUGGCCGAGCUGUCGGGGAUGACGGAGAUUGGGCUGAGCGGGAACCACCUGGAGAAGGUGCCACGCCUCAUCUGCAAGUGGACCUCGCUGCACCUGCUCUACCUCCGCGACACCGGCCUGCGGGCGCUGCGGCGCUCCUUCCGGCGGCUGGUCAACCUGCGCUUCCUGGAUCUCAGCCAGAACCACCUGGAACGCUUUCCGCUGCAGAUCUGUGCGCUCAGGAACCUAGAGAUCCUGGCGCUGGAUGAUAAUAAAAUAUGCCAGCUACCUCCAGACUUUGUAUCCCUUUCAAAACUGAAGAUGCUUGGAUUAACAGGAAAUCAGUUGGCUUCAUUUCCAGAAGAAAUCCUUUCUUUAGAGUCUUUAGAGAAAUUAUACAUUGGGCAAGACCAGGGAGCCAAGCUCACCUAUAUGCCAGAAGACAUUAGUAAACUACAGAAUCUUAAAGAGCUGUAUAUAGAGAACAAUCAUCUGGAGUACCUGCCCACAUCCUUGGGAUCCAUGCCUAACCUGGAAAUUCUUAAUUGCUGCCACAACCUGCUUAAGCAACUUCCAGAUUCCAUUUGCCAAGCACAAGCUUUGAAAGAAUUACUGCUUGAGGACAACUUGAUCACCUGUCUUCCAGAGAAUUUGGAUAGCCUGAUGAAUCUAAAGGUUUUGACACUGAUGAACAAUCCUAUGGAGGACCCCCCAGGAGAAGUGUGCGCCGAAGGCAAUCAGGCUAUAUGGACAUACUUUAAGACAAAAAGAAACAUGAAAAUAAUGGCAACAAAGAUUCAGGCAUGGUGGCGCGGAAUAAUGGUCCGGAAAGGACUGGGGAGAUUUGAAGAACUAAAAUUGCAAAAGAAAGGAAAGACUUCUCCAAAAGAUAAGAAAGGGGGGAAAAAUGCAAAAGGAAAAGCUGUGAAGAAAAAUAAGAAAUAAUUCUAUAAUGAAUUGAGGUAAUGAACCCCGAUGGAUUACGAAGGCAAAACAUCUAGGAAUUAGAUACCUAGCACACUGAAAUUAUUCAUAGAAUUAUGGUUAUGUGUAAAAAUAAAGAUUCUCACUUUAUUGAAAUA